GCAAAAAUCAUAUAUUAACGAAAGAAAAAAAAAUGAUAAGGUUUGAAGAAUCAUUCAUCUCUCAUUUAGGUGGAUAAUAAUAUCGAAGAGACCUGAAACGUCUUCAAUGGAUACUCUCUCUGCAUCCGUUUCAUCCUUCAACCUCCCUCCACUAUCUCGUAGAUCCAUCUCUGGUCGCUUUAAACCCACCAUUAACGCAACCGCUACCAAUCUUUCAAAACCACCAACGUCGUCUUCUCCAUCUUCCUUCUCCCACCACAAAAACCUUACCUUCCCCAGAGGAAUCUCUUUAACUCUUCCGAACGCAAAACCCUCAAGAGCUCCACCAUCUCCUCCGUCUCCUCCUCCUGUGCACGAGAAAGCGGCGUCAGGAUUUGCUGCGGCGCUCGUUAGUGUUUGUCAAUCGAAGAACUGUCUUGGUCGGACUCAAGAAGAUGUCAGGAGGCUGAUGGCGUUUCUUGAGGGAGAAGACAAAAAGAGGAACAACAACAAGGUCUUGGUCAAUGAAGUUGCUGAGAGAGGUAAAUUUGGUAAACAUUUGAAGGGCUUGGUCAAGAUGUUGGUUACAAGAGGCAAAUCUGGGAUUCUCUUUGAUGUCUUAAUGGAGUUUAAGAGAAUCUGUAAUGAAUUGGUCCUUGUCCGUACAACAAAGCUUGUCUGAAACAACUGAAGAUUGUAAUAAGAUUACAUCAUCAAAUACACAGUUGUGUCAUUUGUCUA